AUGGCAGCACUUUGGACAAUAUUGGUGAUAUUAGUUCCACUGAUACAGAACAUUAUAACACACAAUCUAACCCAUGACGAUAUACUCCAAGAUCCUCCUUUAACGAAAUCUUUUGGCUAUACUAUGCAGAAGACGUUAGGUGCUCGAACUUUGGACGACGCCAUAUUAAAUCAGAAAUAUAUGUAUCAGUAUAAAGAAAUCUUAAAAGCUAGUCAAGAAUCAUUUGAAAAUUUCGAAAAGCCAGACGAAAGGAGAUUGAGAAGAGUAAUCGGAGACAGCAACUUCAAACUAAUGAAAGAAGCUGGGGUUCUGGAUCGACGUCGAAACGCACCUCGCUUCGAAUCACCAGUCUUCAAAAGACGCGCCCGGACACAAGCCUUGAGAAGAAACAAACUCAAUGACCAAAGUCUCAAGAGUCAUUUACAACAUUCUCAAAGAAUAGUUGACCCAAGCUCAAAACUAGCGUAA